AUGAGACAAACACCAGAAGAAUUCUAUGACCUUCAUCCAAGAGACUUGAAAGGUCGUCCUUUUUAUUUUGAUCAAUUGAGAGGUAAGAUUGUUGUUAUUGUAAAUACUGCUUCAAGAUGUGGUUUCAAUCCUCAAUUCCAAGGUUUAGAAAAACUCAAUCAACAAUUCAAAGAACAACCAGUGGUGAUAUUAGGAUUCCCUUGUAAUCAAUUUAAACAUCAAGAACCAGAAGAUAACAAACAAAUUGCUAUUUAUUAUAAAGUUUACUUUGGUAUUAGUUUUCCUAUAUUAGGUAAAAUUAAUACAAACGGUCCUGAUGCUGAUCCAGUUUAUCGAUACUUGAAGAAACAAAAACGUGGAAUUUUGGGUAUGUCUAGAAUUAAAUGGAAUUUUGAAAAAUUUUUAAUUGAUGCUAAUGGUCAAGUAGUUGGACGUUAUAGUACAUUCACGUCUCCUGAAGCUAUUGGUGUUAAAAUUGAAGAAAUGUUAGAAAAUAUGAAAGCUACUACUUGUAUCUAA